UUGAACAUUCGCAUUGAGUGUUUUCCAGUUUCCACUUUGGGCACUUUGCAAAAAUGCUAGAAAAACGACUUUUAGCUUGCUUUUCUAUAUCGAGAAGAUUUCCCGUGAAGUACCAAAGGAGGAAAUUCAGCGUAGCCAUACAUGAGAAGGAAACGAUCGACGUGUGCGGCAAGAAGUACCAGCGUGACGAGUGGACCAAUGUUACGCCUAAAAUUUUGUCUCACAUCGGAAGGAAUCUUCAUUUGCAAGAAAAGCACCCGUUAGGCUUACUGAAGAAUAGAAUCGUGAACCAUUUUUACUCGCAGUACAUAGGAAGAACGGGCAACCCGAUAUUUUCAGUCUUCGACCGGCUCAGUCCUGUGGUUACGGUGGAGCAAAAUUUUGACAGUCUCCUCAUCCCAAAAAAUCACAUAAGCCGGUUAAAAAGUGAUUGCUACUACAUCGACUCAGCCCACUUGCUCAGAGCUCACACAACUGCCCACCAAGUAGAGCUAAUCAAGUCUGGAAUUGAUAGUUAUUUGACCGUCGGAGAUGUUUAUCGAAGGGACGAAAUCGACUCCAGUCACUAUCCUGUCUUCCACCAACUUGAUGCAGCCAGAUUGUACUCCAAACACGAGAUCUACAAACAAGAAGAUAUUUCUGGAAUCAGUCUUUUUGAGAAUGGAGAUAAAACAGCAGAGAAGCAGGAAGUUCAUACUUUAGAUACUGCUUUGUUUCUACAAGCAGAGCUGAAGGCUUGCCUGGAGAAACUGGCAAGAAAUCUCUUUGGUGAAGAUGCUGAAAUCCGAUGGGUCGAGUCGGUUUUUCCGUUCACGCACCCGUCUUUUGAACUGGAGGUUCUUUACAAUGGAAACUGGCUGGAGCUUUUGGGCUGUGGAGUCAUGAAGCAGGAAAUAUUAGCAAAUUGUGGAAUUACUGACAAGGUUGGCUGGGCUUUUGGUAUCGGUCUCGAGAGACUUGCCAUGCGCCUCUACCAAAUCCCUGACAUCAGACUUUUUUGGAGCCAGGACACAGGCUUUUUGAAUCAAUUCAGAAAGGCAACUCCUACCUCUGCAGUUACCUACAAAACCAUCAGUGUAUUUCCCCAGUGCACAAACGACAUGAGUUUCUGGCUUCCUGAAGGAACAGCAUUUUCUCCAAAUGAUUUUUAUGAUCUUGUCAGACAAGUUGGAGGAGACGUCAUUGAGCAGGUUACCUUGAUUGACGAAUUCAACCAUCCCAAGACCAAGUUGACUAGCCACUGCUACAGAAUUGUGUAUCGACACAUGCAGAAGACGUUAACCAAAACGGAGGUGAACAGAGUUCACGAAGACAUUGGAAGUGAAGCUACCAGAUUGCUAGGAGUCAAACUAAGAGUUGUUUAACGUUGUAACCAGCACCAAGCUUAAGUGAUCUUUUUAAAUAAAUUAAGUCAGGUUCUUUUCAA